UUUCCUUGGAAAUUCAUAAAAGCGAAAUCACGAUUUACGAAAAAUGCAAAUUAAGCAAAUGAACCUAAUACUAGCGUGUAAAUGGAAUAUUAAGAAGGAUAAAAUCAAGAAGUGUGACAGGCCGGCGAUUAAGCAGGCAGUUUAUUUAAAAACCAUCAAACGACACUUCACAAGGAACAGUUGCUUUUUGGCCGGCAACGUGAAAAGGCGCAAAACUAUCACGCUUGUAGCAUCGCAGGCGCAAAAAACGUAAUAAGUAAAACAUUUGUGCAAAAAAGCAACUGGUGCUUGCAAUAAAUUUUUAUGUGAUUCAAUAAGCUUUACACUAGGUGCUAAUGGCUGUGUUUGCUUGGGGCGCAAAUUCUCAUGGCCAACUAGGCCUUGGUUACGAGUCAGAAAUGUCGAUGGAACCGCAAAGGUUAAAGAAAUAUUCAUUUACAGUCACCAGUGUUCGUUCGAUACGUGGUGGAGGUGGCCAUGUUUUGGUUUUAGAUGCUUGCGGUCAGCUACACGCCUGCGGUUGGAAUAAUCGCGGCCAAUUAGGUUUAGACAUCACACAAGAUAAUAUUAGCGAAUUUAAAAUGAUACCCAUGAAAUUUUUCAAGGAUUCUCCUAUCGAUUUAAUGGCUUGUGGCUGGGAUUCAUCUGGAUGUAUAACAAGUGAUCGCAAGUUGUUCCUUUGGGGCUCAAAUGCUUUUCAGCAAUUGGGAGUAUGUCAUCGCGGAUUUACAUCCGUACGCAAACCAAUGCAGAUUCAAUUACCGGGCAAUGAUACCCCCUUACGUCUCAGCCUAGGUAUGAGACAUUCAGCAAUUUUAACAAGCGAAUGGAAAGUUUACAUAUACGGACGGAUGAAACUCUCUGAUAACAUAUCCGAGAUGUUAAGCAUUGUCAAGAUUACACAAAGUCUACUUGUUGUCAAAAUUGCUUCACGUUGGUCCGAGGAAUAUUGUAUCAAAAAUAUAGCAAGCGGUCAAAAUCAUGUACUUAUGCAUUUGGGCCCGAUUGAAGAUAAUUACGCUGAGGAAGAAAAAAAUACAGCCUCAAAGCGAGUAGAAGUAUUCGGCGAUAAUAAAUAUGGUCAAGCAAAUGCUUUUCAAUUUGAAGAGAAAAUAAUUCGUUUAGCAGCUGGUUGGACUCAUAAUUCGGUACUACUUAAGAAUAACAGCGUAUUAUCGUGGGGUCGCAACAGUUACGGACAACUAGGCUGGGGUCAAUUUACUGAAAAUCAUGCCAUACCUAUGCAAUUAUCAGUAUCGCCAGUCAUAGUGCCUAUUGAUUUACAUCUUGGCUCCGAGCACGGUUUAAUGGUGACAAAAGAGGGAGAUGUUUUCACAUGGGGUUGGAAUGAACAUGGCAAUUGUGGAAAUAAUUCCACUAACAAUAUCGCAACACCUACUCUAGUCGAUUUGCCAACGGCAUGCAAAAUUGCUGCGUGUGGUGCAGGCUUUUGUUUUGCCAUAUGCGCGAAAGUAAAUUAAGUGUUUUCUAAUACGUUAAAUGAAAUGCAAGGACAUUAAUAUUAUAUUGACCUUAAUUUUGUUGAGCAAUAUUUUGUUUUAAGCUAGAAAAGAACAAAAAGUUUUCUUUAAGUUCACUUGUUUGUAAAUGUUUGUAAUAAAUUCAAUGCGAAAAAAGUUUUAUGAAAGUUUUGCGUAAUUUUGCGUUUCUUUGAAAAGAAAGUUGAUAUGCAAUAGCAAUGUAAAGAAUAUAGGCAAAUGAUGGAGGAGUACGCGAACACGUUCGCGUGAAUUUCCGCCACUCUAAUAAAAAUUGUAAUUCUCAACUUUCCAUUCAAAGAUUCUACUACUCCCGUUGAUGGACGUUUUUUUCGCGCAGAUAGAAGGCAAAUAGUUUGUAUCGAAAAGUGAAUCGAAAUCGAGUGGCGACGCAAAUUAGGCUUAAGCAUUACUGACGAUAUCAGAUAAGUAUAUUAUGAAAUGUACUGUGUGUAAACAGAACAGAAGUUAGCCGACACAUUGAAGAAGUUUAUGAAAACAGGCAACAAGUUUUUUAACGAUAAUCUUAUGAUGAAGAGCUACUGAUGCAAGUGAUAAUUGCCUUUUAAAUAAUAAUAUGUCAGAAUACGCAAAACUAUUCUCAUAUCGCCCCUAAAAAUUGUUUUUAAUCUAUUUUCCCCUUACUAACCCUGACCAAUUACCUUCGUCUUCGGUUUCGUAGAAGUGAAUCAAUAAAUAGAGAAAAUUAGUUUUAUACAUAUAAACUCUAUUUACCCAAAAAUCCGCAUAAUAGUGAUAGUAUUUUGAUCGGAAAACUUGGGAAUACAUGCAGAGAAAUAUUAUAUUUGUACCAGAAACUUUUCAGAAACUUUUAUCUUAACUUUGCUAUUAUAUGUGUAUACAUUGACAUCUUACCUUUCCUUCAUUCACGUGUUGUGUCGCAAAAGUCCUUAAAGGUAACCAAAUAUAUAAUUUCUCUAUUCCUAGAUAGUGAACAUCUUUCGAAAUAAAUCAAUGUCUUGUUACAAAAGUUCUCUGAAUAAAAUCUUUUUCUUUCCGACAAUUCUGACAACGGCUAUGUUAUUGUGUUAUUAAUAUUGUGUAAAUGGUUGCCAAUGAUGAUUUCAAAUUUUUCCAAACUCCAUUUAAAAUGCUUUUCGAAUACAAGUUGCACGAUUCCUUAGACUUCUAUUGUCGCUUUAAGUCUUCUAACAAAAGAAGGAUAGACAGAAGGAUCUGACUAAAAUGAUCAAGAAAGAAAGAAGAGAUCAUAUAUUUUCAGUGACUCGCAACGUUAGUUCCGAGUAAAGAAGCUGAAACUCUCCCGUUAUGCGUAAUCACAUUGGGGAUAUGUCCUACCUGUCAGAAAGAAGAGAGGAUAGAGAAACAAUGGAAAUGGUAGUCGGAGCCUAGUCGCUGUGUGCUCGAUUGAUAAGUGAUAUGCCUUUAUCGGCUGAGUACUCACUAUAGCUACGACCAACGAAGAUUCUACGCACUUGAGAUUUGAACCUGCGAAGACUGACUUCGUAGUCGCGUUUCUUAUCUACUUGCUUACUCAGUAAGAUAGCAUUCAUAAAGUGCAUGUUUAAAUAUAAGAACUUACUCUCCUUUUCUUCGCCCACUUAUUCCCAUUCAACAGCAAGUAUUAUAUUUUUUCCCACCACUUAUUCUCAUUUAACGGCAAAUAUAUCGAUGAUGACCGGAAGAGAGAUUUCUUUAGUAUCCGUUAAUGAUGCUUUGCUGUGGUAUGCCCAAAACGGAUUCUUGCAAACGUAUUUAUCUUGAUUUUCCCAACGUUGAUUCAAAAUAGAGCUGCUUAG